CUGCCCCCAUAUCUGUGAAAAAAAAAAGCUGCCCGCCAUAUCCGAUAGACGCUACUCAAGUUAAAACUCCCAACGCCACUGAUAGCUUCUGCGCCAAAUCUUAGCUUCAUGGCAGCUAGCUCCAUCUCUCCUUCUCCAUCUCCUUCGUCCUCGCAAGAGCUUCCUAUCCUCUACCGUGACACUAAAAGCGUUGUCAAUCAUCUCAAACUCAGCAAAAACAUUGAAGAAAUCAAGCGUAUCCAUUGCCAAAUAACCAAACACGGUCUUUUUCACCUCCCCACCGCCUCCUCCAAUCUCAUUUAUGCCUACUCCAGGGCAGCCACUGCCCAAAGCCUAGACUACGCCAUCAAAGCCUUUGAGCUCUUCUGCGAAGAACAUAAAGCCACCCUCUUUCUCUGGAACUCACUCAUCAGAGGAUUCUCUUCUUCUGGUCAUGUCGACGAAGCCGUUGAACUUUUUGUUCAAAUGGUUGACGAAGGGUUCGUGCCUGACCACUUCACCUUCCGUCCUCUCCUUGCUGGAUUCACAAAGGCCUUCGCUUUUCAAGAAGGAGCCUGGCUUCACGGGCUGUUGUUGAAGGUAGGAAGCUAUGGAGGGGUUCAAGAUGACAUUUUUAUACAGAACUCUUUGAUACAUUUCUAUGCAGAGCAUGGUGAGCUUGAAUCCGCACACAGGGUGUUCGAUAAUAUGCUUGAAAGAAAUGUUGUUUCAUGGACAAGCCUUAUUGCUGGUUAUGCUCAUGGGGAUGAUCCACGAAAGGCUGUGCAUUUAUUUUGGGAUAUGGUUGCCGACAAUAAAAUUGCUCCAAAUUCGGUGUCUGUGGCUUGCGCUGUCUCUGCUUGUGCAAAGUUGCAGGAUUUUGAGAGUGGAGAGAGGCUUUUCACCUACGCGGUUGAUGUAGGAAUCGAUUUUAGUAUCAACCUGGUGAACACUCUUGUUGAUCUGUACAUGAAAUGUGGAGCUGUGGAAGUGGCAGAGAGACUAUUUCAUGAGUGCACUGAUAGGAAUAUUGUUCUUUGGAACACAAUGCUGUCAAAUUAUGCUCGCCAUGGAAUGGCCCAUAAAGCAGUUGCAUUAUUUAAUGAUAUGUUGAUAUCAGGAACGAAACCAGACCGGGUAACAAUCGUUGCAGCAGCUUCGGCAUCAGCGCAGCUUGGUGAAGCUAUGACGGGGAGAAGAUUCCAUGGUUAUAUACUGAGAAACAGCUUAGAUGUGUGGCAUGAUGUGAGCAAUUCAAUGAUUGAUAUAUACAUGAAGUGUCGGGAACUCGAUGCAGCUUUCCGAAUCUUCGAUCCAAUGAAGGAGAAGACUGUGGUGUCCUGGAACACUGUUAUUAAUGGCUGUAUCAGAAAUGGUGAUUGGAGAUCUGCUUGGAAGCAUUUUGAGGAGAUGCCCUGGAGAGAUCAUAUUUCUUGGAACACAAUGAUUGCUGCACUGGUGCAGGAGAGCUGGUUUGAAGAUGCCAUGACACUUUUCAGGGAAAUGCAGAGUUCAGGAAUGAGGCCCGACAGAGUGACAAUGUUGAGUGUUGCUUCAGCUUGUGGUUAUUUGGGUGCCCUUGAUCUUGCUAAAUGGACCUACGCAUAUAUCAACAAGAACAAAAUUUCCACAGAAGUCAAGCUAAACACUGCAUUAGUUGAUAUGUUUGCUAGGUGUGGUGAUACCAAAAGCUCAUUGAAAAUAUUUGAAAAAAUGCAGAACAAAGAUGCUUCUGCAUGGACAGCAGCAAUAGGAGCAAUGGCAGUUGAGGGAAAUGGGAGAAGGGCAAUAUAUCUUUUCUCUGAGAUGAUUAAAGAUGGACUUAAGCCAGAUACUAUAGCGUUUGUUCAAGUGCUGACAGCUUGUAGCCAUGGGGGGUUAGUCGAAGAGGGUCGCCAGUUCUUUCCGUCCAUGACAAAGGACUUCAGAUUUGCGCCUCAGGUCAUUCACUAUGGUUGUAUGGUUGAUCUUUUGGGGCGAGCCGGACUUCUAGGAGAAGCUAGAAUGCUCAUUGAGAGCAUGCCUAUGGAGCCUAAUGAUAUAGUUUGGGGAGCAUUAUUAGCUGCAUCCUGUGUUCACCAUGAUCUUGAACAGGCUGAGUUUGCAGCCGAGAGAGUUCUUGAGUUGUCUCCAGGUAGAAGUGGAAUCUAUGUACUGCUCUCAAAUGUCUAUGCUUCAGCAGGGAGAUGGAAGGAUGUUGCGGAAGUGAGGUUAUUACUCAAAGAUAAAGGAGUUCAGAAACUUCCUGGUUCGAGCUUGAUCGAGAUUGAAGGAAUGAUCCAUGAGUUCACCUCUUCUAAUGAGUCACAUUCCCAGAUGGAGCUGAUAUCUGAGAUGCUGCAAGAGAUGGGCCAUAAACUUUCACUUGCUGGUUAUGUUCCUGAUUUGGAUAAGGUUUUGCUGGAUGUUAAUGAGGAGGAAAAGGAGUUCCUUUUGAGCCGGCAUAGCGAGAAAAUGGCAGUUGCAUAUGGUCUCAUUAGUACUGGCCGAGGAGUCCCAAUUCGUAUAGUUAAGAACCUUCGAAUUUGCUCUGAUUGCCAUUCAUUCAUGAAGCUAGUAUCAGCAAUUUAUGACCGAGAAAUUACCGUUAGAGAUAACAAUCGGUUCCAUCAUUUUGAAAAAGGGCAAUGCUCUUGCAGCGAUUACUGGUGAAAGAAUUAGUGUUGACAAUGCUUAUUUAUCCUUCUUCCAGUUUUUUUUUUUAGAACGGGGUAUUUACCCACAACCACUCCAAAGGGAGCGCUUGAUGGCGUAACUAGUCCCUCGGCGAACCCUAAUGAGGCCACCCACAGGUAUUAACCCACAAUUGCUUUGCCCCACUGAAGAGGCGAGGCCGUAGUAGACGGGAAUCGAACCCGGGAUGCGAGGUUCCCAACUGUGCUCGACCACCAACCAUCCUAAGCCUCGGUGGGUUCCUUCUUCGAGGUCAAAUCACAAGGAUAGCUGUUCCUUCAUGAAAUCAGCCGACUGUUCAUUCAUUUGAAAUCACUUUUUGCAACUGCUUAUAAAACAGCAGUGAUAUGUAAGAAGUAAAUAUGAAUUUUGAACUCCAACUGAGAAGACAAGCUGAAGCCUGGGGCAAAAAUGGCAUGUACCAAUGAAUUUGCAUGGUGCAAUGAUCUCUUUAAGCAGUAGAAGAGGAUUGGUACCUUAUUAAAAGAGAGAGAGGUUAAAGCAUGGGACAAACUGCUUGUUCAUGAGCAUCACCAUAAGAUCUGCUCAGUAUUCUCCCGCUUGAUUACGGUUAACUUCAAUCUCAACAUAAUUGUAUGAUGCUGUGAAGUCAAACAAUUCCAAGCUUUUGCAUUUGAGUGGUGAUGUUGGUAUAAAUAUUUGAAUCAGAAAAAUCUGUAAGCUGUAAUAAGAGCUCUAGUGAACCAUAACAAACAAUGCAAGAUACUGCACCCAAAAAAGGUCAUUUCAUCUUAGAAAUGUUUAUUGUCGCACCUUUUGUAACACCCCAUAAUCUAAUUUGGAAGAAUUGUUCUAUUAUCUAUUAAUA